AUGCCGGAGGGAACUUCCUCCCCUCCUUCACACAUGGAUUCUGUUCCUCCCUCUUCUUCUGGGUUCCCUCCUCUGGUUAACUCUCCUGGUUUGGCUAGAGUGAUCCCCAAGAGCUGGAACAAAAUGUUUGAGACCACAAAAUCUUCUCCAAAUCCUUUAAAGUUCUCGCACUUCCCCUCUGAGCCGGAUAUUAUCCCUUUUUCUGGGGAGAAAUUAUCACACGGUGGGGAAGAUUGGAAGCUAUGUAUGGUUGGCUACUCCAUAGGGAGACGGCCAUAUUAUGAAGCCCUGCUCUCUGCAGUUAAAAAAACCUGGAGCUUGAAAGGUGAAGUUCAGUUACUUUCUCUAAAUGAUGGCUUUUUCCUAUUCCGAUUCUCUUGUGUUGAUGAUUUUGAAUCGGUAUGGUCGAGAGGUGUUUGGUUUAUCUUGGGUAAACCAUUUGUUCUUCAAAAGUGGCACCCAAAAUUUGUCCCUAAAAAGGAAGAUUUUGCAUCGGUACCUAUUUGGGUGAAGAUACACGACCUGCCCCUUGCAUGUUGGAACUCCGAGGGAAUAUCGAGGAUCGCUAGCAAAAUCGGUAUAUCGGUUGCUGCUGAUAGCUUGACGGAGCAGAAAACAAGAUUGACCUAUGCCAGGAUCUGUGUUUUGGUGGACUGUCAUGCGGCUUAUCCGGAGGAGAUACAGGUUUCGCUGGAUGGGGAAGUGGUAUGUUUGAGAGUGCAGUACGAAUGGCAUCCUUCUCCUUGUCAGCACUAUAAGUCUUUAAUGCAUUUCUCUUCUUCAUGCUUGAAAAACCCGGAGAAAGCUUCCAAUGAUCAAGAAGCUGAAAAGGGUAAGACUUUGCAAAACAAUAGGGGUAGGAGUAUGAGCAGGAAGCCUCCUCGUAGACCCAACUCAAACCCUGGGUAUGUUGUGAAAAUGCCUAUUUCAAAAGCUGACAUUCAGGAAACUACUAAUCAUGUCCCUGCCAACAACAUUAUUGCUAUUCCUUCCUCUGUUACUGGACAAAAUCUUCACUACCAACCGCAUUCUCCUACCUCUAACAAACUAAACUCUAAAACUUAUGAUUUGGCGCUUAGUAAUACUCCUGUCAUUGGGGACCAGUUUAGUUUGGGCAUUCCAAAUCUCAACUCUCCUAACGCUGUGUCUUCUUCUUCUUCUACCAAUCUUCAAACCACUUCGGCUGGGCAGGUUUUUAUUUCUCCGAACAAAUUUGAUCUUCUAAAUGCAGAAGGAGAUAUGAAGGAUAAUUCUAAUAACUCGGGAGAGGACUUAGACAAUGAAGCUGCUAAUGUGGAUUUCUUAGGGAAGGAUAAAAAGCCUGUUAUGUUGGGCAAGCAAAAUAAGAAGAAUGAAACAACGACAGCCAAAAAACCUGCAAAGGGGAAGCAGGGGAAAAAACCCCAGAACAAACAAAACUCUUGA